AUGGCAUUUACAGGCAUUGCAUCCAUACUUCUGCCAGAAGGACGCACAACCCACAAGACAUUUGGUCUUAAAGUUCCUUUGACUAAUGAUUCAAAAUCAUCAAUCAAACGUGGAUCUUCAAAAUUCAAGGAAUUGGAAGCAGUCAACAUGUUCAUGAUGGAUGAAGCACCAAUGCUUCCUAAAUACGGUCUUGACUGCAUGGACGAGCUCCUUCGUGAUCUAAGUGACAGGAACUCCCCAUUUGGCGGGAAAAUAAUGAUUUUAGGAGGAGAUUUUCGACAGUGUCUACCGGUCCAGCCAAGGGCAAAUCGUACCGAACUUCUAGACCUUUCCAUCAAGAAAAGUGUUCUCUGGAGGUACUUCAGGGUUUUCUCUCUGGAACAAAAUAUGAGAGUUGAUGCGGAAGAGGAGUGCUUUGCUAGGUACCUACUGAAACUUGGAAAUGGAGAGCUUGAUACCAACGCUGAUAGUGAAAUUGAACUCCCUAAUGACAUCAUCACUAAUACUAAUGACAUUGUUAACGAGAUCUAUGGAGAAUGUCUCUCCGACGGAAACUUUGAGGACAUGAAGGAUCGAGCAAUUCUUGCACCCCUAAACAAGGACGUCGACACAAUUAACAACACCGUUAUCAAUUUAAUUCCUGGAACCGAGACCAUUUAUAAAAGUUACGAUUCAAUUAAAGAUGAACCAGAAGGUGCCUUAAAGUUCCCCCCAGAAUUCCUAAACUCUAUCGAGAUUUCAGACCUACCACCACACCAGCUCAGACUAAAAAGUAAUACCAUUAUCAUGCUCCUUCGUAACCUUGACGUCUCAGAGGGUCUGUGCAAUGGCACUAGACUCAUAGUUACAGCACUCUGUCCUAACAUAAUAAAAGCCAAGAUCAUCACUGGUGAACACUCUGGCCGAGACGUGCACAUACCGAGAAUCACCCUUGAUUCAUGCAAGUCUCAGCUAGGGUGUUCACUACAAAGACACCAAUUCCCUAUUCGGCCAGCCUUUGCGAUGACAAUACAUAAAUCGCAAGGGCAAACAUUUAAAUAUGUCGGCGUCAUGCUACAAACGCCUGUAUUCAUGCAUGGCAUGCUAUACGUUGCAUUUUCAAGGGUAAAGCGUAGAAGUGCAUUGAAAGUGGUGGUACCGCCAGAAACAGGUGGUCGCACACGCAACGUAGUGUGGACCGAAGUUUUUAAUUGA